GGGCCCUUGAACAAAGCCACAUCCACAAACCGAUAUCUCCACACAUACUCCGGCGGUGCCGGGAAGCCCGAAACCUCCUCUCUAUCUCUAAUGGCGUCUUCUCUCUCGCUAAUACUGAGCCAGCCGCACUGCAGCCUGCGCAUCAGGCUGCCGAAACGAUGCUCCUCAUCCUUCAAGUUCAGGCUCUUUUUCUCCAAGCCCCUCCGUGCUCAAUCCUCCGCCGUCUACUGGCUUUACCCGCCGCCGCCCGCAAGGAGCUCGGCGCUCUCUCUAGAAUUCUCCAGAAGCUUCUCUCAAUGUCACUCUCGGUCUUCUCUUCCUAACAGGGAGCAAAUCCCGAGCCUCCACCACUUCAUUCCCAAAGCCGCCCCCACCGCCGUCACUGAUACUAUCCAUGCUUCCGAUAUUCAAGGGGAUCCUGAGACAACAUCAGAAGCUCUUCCAAGAGGUCGGAUAUUCCAUGAAACUUAUGGCUGCCAAAUGAAUGUAAACGAUAUGGAGAUAGUUUUAUCUAUAAUGAAGAAAGCUGGAUAUGGUGAAGUUGUGGAUAUUCCAGAGAAUGCGGAGAUUAUAUUUAUAAAUACUUGUGCUAUAAGGGACAAUGCAGAGCAAAAGGUUUGGCAGAGGCUUAACUAUUUUUGGUUUCUGAAGAGGCAGUGGAAGAGGAAUGUUUCCAUUGGAAGGUCACAGUCCUUGCAUCCUCCAAAAAUAGUUGUUCUGGGUUGUAUGGCUGAGAGGUUGAAGGACAAAAUAUUAGAUGCAGAAAAGAUGGUUGAUGUAGUUUGUGGACCUGAUGCUUAUAGGGAUCUGCCUCGACUGUUAGAAGAGGUUGAUUAUGGUCAGAAGGGGAUCAACACUCUCCUUUCACUUGAAGAAACUUAUGCUGAUAUUACUCCUGUGCGCAUUUCUAAAAAUUCGAUCAGUGCUUUUGUCUCUGUCAUGAGAGGUUGCAAUAAUAUGUGCUCAUUUUGUAUUGUACCUUUCACGAGAGGUAGAGAGCGAUCUCGUCCUGUGGAAUCAAUUGUGAAAGAAGUUGGAGAGCUUUGGAAAGAAGGUGUAAAAGAGGUAACACUUCUUGGUCAAAAUGUAAAUAGCUAUAAUGACACAUCUGGGAUUGAAGAGGAGGUUGAACUGGGACCCAACUGGAAGCUUAGUGAAGGAUUUUCCAGCACAUGUAAAGUAAAAUAUGUUGGUUUACGUUUUGCUGAUCUUCUGGAUAGACUUGCAGUAGAGUUCCCUGAGAUGCGGUUUAGAUACACGUCUCCACACCCAAAAGAUUUUCCAGAUGAGUUACUGUAUGUUAUGCGAGAUAGAUACAAUAUCUGCAAGAGCAUUCAUUUGCCGGCACAAUCGGGGAACAGCAUAGUACUUGAAAGGAUGCGACGGGGAUAUACCCGUGAAGCAUACCUAGAUCUUGUGCAAAAGAUAAGGGAUAUUAUUCCUGACAUGGGCAUAAGCAGUGAUUUCAUAUGUGGGUUUUGUGGAGAGACAGAGGAGGAACACAGAGACACAGUUAGCCUCAUAAAGGCGGUUGGCUAUGACAUGGCAUAUAUGUUUGCCUACAGCAUGAGGGAGAAAACACAUGCCCAUAGAAAAUACGUGGACGAUGUUCCUGAUGAUGUAAAGCAGAGAAGGCUCACAGAACUCAUUGAAACUUUCCGGGAGAGUACAGGUCAGUGCUACGACUCCAAAGUUGGCACUGUCCAACUUGUGUUAGUUGAAGGCCCCAAUAGAAGAGCUCCCGACACAGAGCUCAUUGGCAAGAGCGAUAGAGGCCACCGGGUUUCCUUCACUAACCUACCUAUCCCAGACAACGUUGACAAUAAUGGGAAGCGGAAUCCCAAAGUAGGCGAUUAUGUUGAAGUGGACAUUACAAAAUCCACGAGAGCAUCGCUCUUUGGAAAUGCACUUGCUAUAACUAAGUUGAGCUCAUUUUAUAGCAGUUUGCAUGAAGAAGCUGUUGCAUGUGCAAACAGAAGUUAGUUAUUCUUUAUGUCCUUGUGCUACAAUAAUGCAUUACUUACAUAUUACUACUUGUCUCAUUGUUUGAGACAUUUUGAGCUUUGCAAAGCUGAUAUAACAAAAUUUUAUCUUGUUAGC